AUGAGAUUAUCCAUCUUUUUCAUCGCACUGAUGACUUCGGUCUCAUCCGCAGUCUCAACUGAGGAUCCAGGUCCAUCUCCUACUGCUUCAAUCGGUUGUGAGCCACACGGAGACCAUUGGCACUGUGACGGCCCGGCCUCAUCAGCUGUCUCAGGUACAUCAACCACAAGCGAGGUCGAAGUGAGCACCACAGCGGACGCUUCUCCUACAAUCCCUAGUCCUACCGAAUCUACUGGUUGCGAGCCACAUGGCGACCACUGGCACUGUGAUGGCCCAGCCUCAACAUCUGUCUCGGGUACAUCAACAGCAAGCAAGGCCGAAGUGAGCACCACCUCUGCGGAUGCUUCUCCUGCAGCCCCUAGUCCUACCGAGUCUACUGGUUGUGAGCCGCAUGGUGACCACUGGCACUGCGAUGGACCGGCCGAGACGGGUAGUGCUUCCGCGAGUGCGUCCACGAGUUCUUCCGCAAGUGCUUCCGCAAGUGCUUCCACAAGUGCCUCCGCGGGUGCCUCUACAAGUUCUGGUGGUAAUGAAGGCGGUGCUAGAGCAAUUGGAGUGCAAGUCUCCUUGCUUGUUGGGUUAUCACUUGUCGCUGCUGGUUUGAAUGUUUGA